ACCAUCCGAGACAACAUGAGGAGAGUGAGAUGGCACAGUGAAGGCCACAGGGAUAAGAGUGUGUGGAGAAAGAGAACACCUGUGGAGAGAGAAAUGGGGGAGAACACACAUGAUGGAACCCCAGGGAGCUGGUUCAGGGUCACAAUUCCUUGUGGGAUGAAGUAUGACAAGACAUGGCUAAUGAACUCAAUCCAGAGCCAUUGCAGUGUCCCCUUCACUCCAGUGGACUUCCACUUUUUGCAAACUGGGGCUCAGUUCUUUGUCCAGGAAGCUAGCACUGCCUGUGCAUUGAUGGAUGUCAGCUACAAGAUUUGUGACGAGGAGAGACGAAAGGUGUGUAUACCUGUCUUUGUUGGCCCCUCCCCUGUUCCCUACUCUGUGCGGGAUAAGUUGCAGCCAGAAGAAAUGGAGCAGCUAAAGCUGACAUUGAGCAAACGAUAUAAUAUCUUCAAGCAAGCUCUUGACCUCCAGAGGCUCCGCUUUGACCCAGACUUGGUAGGCCAUGAUAUUGAUAUAAUUCUGAAUCGAAGAAGCUGCAUGGCUGCCACCCUGCAUGUCAUCGAAAAGAAUUUCCCUGAGCUGUUGUCCUUGAACUUGAGCAGCAACAAGCUGUACCAGCUGGAUGGCCUGUCUGACAUUAUACAGGUGGCCCCUACGGUCAAAACCCUGAACCUGUCUGAAAAUGAGCUGAAGUCUGUGUGGGAGUUGAGCAAGAUGCAAGGGCUGAAGCUUGAAGAGCUGUGGCUGCAAGGGAACCCAUUGUGUAGCACCUUCGCAGACCAGUCCACCUAUGUAAGGGCCAUCAGAGAAUGUUUCCCGAAGUUGUUACGCCUGGAUGGCCAGGAGUUACAGUCACCAGUUACCCUUGACGUUGACACUCCCUACAUAGUAAAACCCUGCAAGCACAGCUACCUUGGAUCUGAUGAGCUGAAGAGCCUAGUCCUACAAUUCCUACAGCAGUACUACUUGAUCCAUGACUACGGAGACCGACAGGUUCUCGCAGGGGCUUAUCACGAGGAGGCCUGCUUCUCCCUGACCAUUCCCUUCCACCCCGAGGACCCAGCCCCAAGCAGCUUGUGCGAGUACUUCAAGGACAGCAGGAAUAUGAAGAAGCUCAAGGACCCCCACCUGCGGGUUCAGCUGCUGAAGCACACAAAACGUGUCAUUGUGCACACCCUCUGUGGGUUGCCCAAGACUCAGCAUUACUUCAGCUCCUUCGUGGUGGACAUUUGGUUCCAGAUGGAAACGAUGCUCUGCUUCUCCGUCAGCGGGGUGUUCGAGGAAGUGGAAGGAAGUUCUCAGGGCUGUGUGCGUGCCUUCACCCGGACCUUCAUCACUACCCCUGCCAGCUACUGCAGUCUAUGCAUUGUGAAAGACGAACUGUUUGUGAGGGACGCCAGCCCCAGUGACACUCAGAGUGCGUUCUCCAUCCCAAAGCCUACAUCCUCCUCCCUCUCCCAGGAGCAGCAGGAGAUGGUGCAGGCUUUCUCCACCCUGUCUGGGAUUGAACUCGAGUGGUCUCAGAAGUGCCUUCAGGACAACGAAUGGAACUGCACCAGAGCUGGUCAGGUCUGCAGUAUGCUCAAGACCGAGGACAAGAUCCCAGAGGAGGCCUUCAAAGAAAUCCCCUAAAAGGAGCCCUUGGAUGCCAUCCUUGUCUU